AUGGUAAUGGCGAAGAUGAUGAACAGCAAAACAAAUUGGUUGGAAUCUGCAUCACCAACAGCGGCAACUCCACCGCAGCCUUCUCAGCACCCUUAUUGUUACGAUCAUCAUCGAGUGCAAAACGACACUUGCUUUAACUGCGGGCAGCGAGGACACUGGGCUUACCAAUGCCCCUUGAAAACACCCUCUCCCUCUUCCUCUCCCAAUCCCAAUACCAGCAAAUCCACUCCUUCCCCUUCUUCUUCAUCCCCAAUUCCCCUCUCCGAUUAUCCCGCCAUUUCAUGCCCUCUCUGCCAGGCCACCUGCACUGUUAAGGUCUCUCAGACAGAAAGAAACCGUCACAGGAAAUACUACAAUUGCCUUCGUCAGAAAAAUGGUAAAUCCGAAUUCUUUAGAUGGUGCGACGAUGUGAUAGACGACUGGGAUAGACUCCCUCCUCCUAAGGAUCGCCCACGCUGCAAAUGCCUUGCUGGAAUCUGUAAGCUUAUGCUGGAGGUUCGAGAGGAGCCUAAUGUCAGUUCAAGAUACUACUUCGUUUGCCCUAUUGAAAAGGUCAAAUUAUACUUUAUGUUCAACUCUGAAUUCAGUACAGGACACGGAGCUUGUAAUUUCCGCCAAUACAUGGAUGAUAUUUCGGCGACAAUUGACACAGUGAAUGGUGACUUUCACGAGGGAGACCGAGAAGAUGUAGGAGAAACCUUCAUCGAGAGAGAAGAGAAUGAGUUGACUCCAAGCUUGUCAACUCUUCAGGAUACGGUUCCUCUGGAGGGAGAGAUUUUGGACCUCAUAACGGAGAAAACACUCCAAGUAUCUAGUCUGUCAUCUCAGGCAAUUCAUCAUCGACAGGCAGAGUUUUGGAGACAGAUAUCUGCUGCAGGAGAUAUAUCUAUUGCUGAUCCUAUCAGUCAAUUUUUAGGUCGUCAUGAAUUGGGUUGGUUGGGCCGGCUUGCAUUUACCCCAUCUGGAUGCCUAAGUGAUCCUCCAUCGAGGCCUUUCCUUUGUUGUGUUUUCCCAUCCUUUAAGCCUAUCUAUGUCCCUAAGGAUGUGGCCGUCACUCGUUCAGAGUACUUAAGUGACCAGCCUAAUAGUCCUUCCAUCACUGAAUCUGACUUAAGUCCAGGUACUCAGUGUUCGAGUGGCGUUCUUUUGGAGAACACAAGCCUAAAUAAUCUAGGCACUGGCAAUAUACAACGAGGAACCAAUGGAGAUGGACAAAAUUUAGAGGCACUUGGGCAACUAGUAUUACGUUGUCAAAAUCAUCUGCUCACUCGUCUUGAAUCUAUGAGUCUGGUUGAUAUUGAGACCGUGACAGCAGCAUCUGAACGUCAUCUUGAUGUUGUGAGCAAUCUCUUGGCGGGCUACGCAUCUUUUUCUGAGCGAGUGAGAAAGUUCAUUGCUUGUGCUUCGCUGCUCGCUGAAAUCGAGAAGUCCAUCAAAAUGGAUGCCUCCGUGCAAAAGCUUAUGGAAAGGUAUCAGAGUGAGAAAAUUAGAUAUGAGAGUCUACGCCUCAGCCAUGCUCAGACGGUAGAUGCUAUAGCAAACUCUGAUCAACAGCUUGAGCAGCUUCGCGGAGAGGCUUUGCGCUUGAAGGAAAUGUUAACUAGAAUCGAGAAUCAGGUGAAUGAUGCUGAGGCAGAGAAUAGGAACCUAAAGAGGCGAAAAAGUGAAAUUUCUAAGGACAUGUCGAAGUGUGAGAAGAAAAUGAAGGGUGCCCAUGAAGAAGUAGAAGUUGCAAAGGAGAGGGAAGUCGCUCGAAGUGCAGCAAAGGUAGCAUUGGAAGAGGCAAGGAGUCAGCUUCGACAGUGAAAGCGAUGAAAAGUAGGAAUAUAUGAAUAUAACAUAUAAGAUAUAAUGGCUGUAAAUAUAAAGCCGAUGCUGAUGCUGAUUAUGGUUGUCUUGUAACGUAAAUCAUGCUCUGCUUGUGAGGAACGAUUCAAAACUGUUACCUUCAUUUUGCGCUUUCGUCGUUCCUUCUCCUUACAGAAGUUCAAGCGUGUGUAUGUUAUGAAUUGGUGAAUAACAGACCGUAGAAUGCAGACAAGUAGCUUGAAUGCAAUAUUGAAAUUUCUAUAUUUAUGAUUA